AUGAGAUAUUCACACGGAAAGAAUCAAGACCAAAUUAUAUCCCCCUAUAUUCAAAAAAAGGCAUCUGAUUAUAUAUCUGAUACCCUUUACAAGCCUGGAAAAUCGAUAAAUGAAUUAAACCAUAAUAACAAGCAACUUAAACAAAAGGUUCAAAAAUUACAACGAUCUGAAGAUCGUGUAAUUCAUAAAGUCAGAAAGCUUAACGGUUCUGUUGCACAAUUUAAGCGCAAGCACCACCAAUGUAUAUCCCAAACUCGUGCAGUAGCCAGACACCCACCAGAAUUAAAAGAUGAUGAUAUAAAGGCCAUGAUUAGAAAUAUAGUCAAAAAGAAUAAAAAAGAAUAUAGUACAGACUUUAUAAGACUUACUCUGCAAGUUUCUCAGAUUGGCCAAACAUCCUUUAACACUAUAGCGGCUAGCAUAAAUACCAUCUUUAAUUUUUUGAUGGGGGAUGAUACAGAAUCGUGGAUUUCUGCAGCAACUAUUAGCCGUUGGUAUCGUGAAGUAUCAGAAUUACAUAUGAGAAAUGUAUUCCAGCAAGCCAAUCAGUCAAGUUAUUUCACGUUUGGAAUGAGGGCCGAUGAGUCAAGUCGGG